GUGCCAAACAAGGACUUCCGGUAGGACCGCGGCCUUGUCCUGUUAUUCCCCAAGACGGAGGCAUGCUGGCAGCUCGAAGCCCCAAGGCCAGCAUAAAUCACGGCGCAAUCAAAACACAGGCAAACUCGACAGUGCAGCACAGUCGCAACAGCCAGCCACGUUCGACCAUUCACAAGCACGUUCAUGCCGCCCUUUGUCAGCCGCAAUGCACCCUGCUGCUAUGCCUGCCGCUAGUUUGCCCGGCACAUUUGCUAGCCGCCAGUGGAGGUCCGCAUCCGGUGGGUCUGAGCUAGCAGUACUAAUCCUUCACCCGUUCAUCGAGCCACGUCCCAUACUUAUAGGCUGGCGAGUCAGAAUGCAUGUCUGUCCCUGAUCCUAUUCUUUUCUUGUAUUGAGGCAAUUUUCAGACGCAUAGGCCAUUCUAAUCUUCUAGACUGGCAUCAUGGCUAUCGUCCUCGCCACGGCUCAUUCCGGGUCUAUCGCCUUACCGCACAUACUUCUCAUUCUUUCGGCCGGCGCGAUGAUCCUCUAUCUACAACCACUCAAAUCUCUGCUCACCACCUUGGUCCCUCUUUCCCGAUCUUCCUUGGGCUAUGCUCUCGUCUUCCUCUCUUCUAUAGCCCUUACCCUUGGCCUGUGGCCAGCCCUGCACAUUCCGCUCAGGUUCAUGUACAAUUGCUUCUUCAAGCCCUUUUUACACCGUGGUAGUCGAGACCAGAAAGACCACCUCGAGGCGUUUUACGCCGGGCAAGCCGAUUUAUAUGACACGACACGCUCCCAGCUCCUCAAGGGUAGAGAGACCAUGCUUCAGCUGUUGGCUGCCCAUCUCAAAGCUCAGCCUAUGGUGAGGCUUCCCGUUAGUGCACCCUCCAAACCGAGGAUAUGGGUGGAUUUGGGAGGCGGUACCGGUUGGAACAUUGAAAAGAUGGAUGAGUAUCUUCCAUUGACCUACUUUGAUGCGAUAUACAUCAUCGACCUAUGUGAACCCCUCUUGGAAGUGGCCAGGGCCAGAAUCAAGGCAAGGGGGUGGAAGAAUGUCCACGUCUUGUGCCAAGAUGCUAGUAGGUUUGUUUUGCCAGAGUGGGAGAGCGGGGCAGUGGAUCCGAGGGGAAGUCUGACGGCGAUCACCAUGAGCUAUUCGCUCUCCAUGAUACCUCCCUUUUACCAAGUCUUGGAUAGAUGUGAUCAAGUUCUUGAUACUCAAAGGGGAUUGAUGGCCGUUGUCGACUUUUACACUUCGCGAGAAGUAGGUAACAAGGAACGCGCAAUCGGUACAGCGAGCAAACGUGUAUCUUGGUUCUCAAAAUGGUUCUGGGAGUGCUGGUUCGACCUCGAUGGCGUUCAUCUUCACGGGUCUCGACGAGAGUACCUGGAAUACAAAAUGGGCACCAUCAAGACGUACAAUGCGCGGAACAACUUUUUGAACACUUGGUUCAUACAAAUCCCCUACUAUGUCUUCUUGGGUUGCUCACGACAACGAGAUGCUUCUGCGUCCGCCAAAUCGUUUACUUUGGAAGCCGGUAAUCGUCUCGGCCAAAGCGACCUCGGCCUCCUCACCCCUACCUCGCCUUUUACCAACUCUCCAUCUGUAUUUGGCUCUCCUUCACCCAUGCUGGAAAUGCCAGAAUUAGUUCUAGGACCGAGUGCGGCACAGGCGACUCAAACAAUUUUUGAAGUCGGUGCUCCUCUAAGCCCGUUUCACUACCAUCUGAGAAAGGCAUGGAGGAUACCUUACCUUGAAGAAAAAAUCCACGAGCAAUUCAGGACUCACAUUUACGGAUGGACUUGGGAAGAUCCGGCGGUGGACGUCAAGAAAUUGAACAUCAACAAAGAUGACCACAUCCUUGCCAUCACCUCUGCAGGUGACAAUGUGCUCCAUUACGCCUUGACGGCCAAACCUGCGAGGAUCCACGCCGUCGAUAUGAACCCGUGUCAAGGUCACAUUUUAGAGCUCAAACUUGCAGCUAUCCAGGCAUUGGAAUACAAUGAUUUCUGGCUCAUUUUUGGUGAAGGCCGCCACCCAGAGUUUGACAAGCUUUUGACUACCAAGCUAUCUCCCUUCUUGUCUUCACACGCCUACGCUUAUUGGAAAACCCAUACGUCUCAGUUCUCACGCAAUUUCUACUUUCGAGGCUACAGCGGCUGGGCUCUCCGUCUCGCCCAGAUUGCAUUCUUUAUCGCUGGUGUUAGAGGGGAUGUCAAGCGCUUGUGUCAGGCGACUUCGACGGCUGAACAGGAAAGGAUUUGGCAAAAGAAGAUUAGACCCGUUUUCUUGAACAAGGUGAUGGUCAAACUGUUUCUUGGUAAUCCACUCUUCAAUUGGCAUGCUUUGGGUGUUCCACAAAAUCAGAUGAAUUGCUUCUUACAGGAUGGGAGCGUGGAAGAUUACGUCAAGGCGACUUUGGACCCCAUCCCCACGCUUUCUACUCUCAAGGAUGACAACUAUUUCUUCCUCCUUUGCUUGAAUGGGAGGUACACUAGAACAUCAUGUCCCGCUUUUCUCAAACCUGAAGGGUUUAAAGCUCUCAAGAACAGCAAAAGUACAGAUGCGUUCAAGCUGCACACGGAUACUAUUCUCAACGUUUUGAGGGGUCUUCCCGAUGAGUCGCUCACCAAAAUCAUCGUCAUGGAUUCAAUGGACUGGUUCGACCCUAUUCCACCUGGCACCCCACUUCCCCAAGGAAAUUCAACAGCGCUAGAUACGCUUCAAGCGACUCCAGAGAAAGCACUCGAACACCUCCGUGCUGAAUUGGACUAUGAAAUACUCGAAAUGAAAAGAGUGUUAAAGGUUGGGGGUAUAGCGGUUUGGCGAAGUGCGGCCAAGAGGCCCUGGUACAGACAGAGAUUUGAAGCUGCUGGUCUCAAGGUUCAACCGAUAGAUAUUCGCGAGAAUCAAGAGGCCAUAGACCGCGUUAACAUGUACGCCAGCUUCUGGAAAGCGGUAAAGGUAAUGGAGUAAGAAAUAAAGUGUUGGGCAUCGUUUGCACGCGGUUCAUUUGCAAUCGUUACAAGUCGUGACAUUAGAUACCAAAACAGUUAAUAAAUUCCAGAUUCUAUCUAUAUACCACACAAAAUCAGAUAUGCUAUUUUGCUCAGCCGU